CAGGGAAUUCAAGCAUCACUCUCCAGGGAGCCGCAGAGAUGAAGGUUCUGGUCCUCACCCUCUUCUGCCUCCUCCUUGCAGGGAAUGAAGCCAAAGUGUUUGGGAGAUGUGAACUGGCUGCGCGACUGAAACGGGGUGGGUUGGAUGGAUAUCGUGGCGUCAGCCUGGCCAACUGUGAGUUUGCUCUUCCUUUCCCUUCAUCUUUGCUAUUUCUGGUGUUUUGGGGCAAAGCUGAAAUGGGGACUUCUUUUCAGGAAAAGGUUCACACACCCUGCUGCCCAUCAAAAUGUCUCAACUUUCAUUCAUAGUUUGUGCAAAUUUCUAUUUAAGACCAUUGGGGGGGGGGAGUAGGCGUUACAGGCAGCUUCCAUAGUGAACAUUGAAAGAAUGUUUUUAAAUUAUUCUAUUUCUAAACUUUGACAAAAAAGAUUGCACACCGAGCGUAUACCCAAAUUGUAGUCCUUUUCUUGUUCACUUUGUUCCAGGGCUCUGUACCGCUUAUCAUGAAAGCAGAUUUAACACAAGAGCCGUGGGGCCACCAAACUCCGACGGCAGCCGUGACUAUGGACUCUUUCAGAUAAACAGCCGCUGGUGGUGCGACAAUGGACAUCGCCCAACAGCUAAUGGGUGUAGAAGCUCCUGCAAUGGUAAGCAACUUGAUACUGCAGGGAUUGCUAGCUUUGUUGUUGUUUAGUCGUUUGGUCGUGUCUGACUCUUCGUGACCCCCUGGACCAGAGCACACCAGGCACUCCUGUCUUCCACUGCCUCCCGCAGUUUGGUCAAACUCAUGCUGGUUGCUUCGAGAACACUGUCCAACCAUCUCGUCCUCUAUUGUCCCCUUCUCCUUGUGCCCUCCAUCUUUCCCAACAUCAGGGUCUUUUCCAGGGAGUCUUCUCUUCUCAUGAGGUGGCCAAAGUCUCGGAGCCUCAGCUUCAGGAUCUGUCCUUCCAGUCAGCACUCAGGGCUGAUUUCCUUCAGAAUGGAAUGGUUUGAUCUUCUUGCAGUCCAUGGGACUCUCAAGAGUCUCCUCCAGCACCAUAAUUGAAAGGCAUCAAUUCUUCGGCGAUCAGCCUUCUUGAUGGUCCAGGUUUCACUUCCAUACAACACUACUGGAAAAACCAUAGCUUUUACUAUACGGACCUUUGUUGGCAAGGUGAUGUCUCUACUUUUUAAGAUGCUGUCUAGGUUUGUCAUUGCUUUCCUCCCAAGAAGCAGGCGUCUUUUAAUUUUGUGGCUGCUGUCACCAUCUGCAGUGAUCAUGGAGCCCAAAAAAGUAAAAUCUCUCACUGCCUCCAUUUUUCCCCCUUCUAUUUGCCAGGAGGUGAUGGGACCAGUGGCCAUGAUCUUUUUUUUUUGAUGUUGAGCUUCAGACCAUAUUUUGCACUCUCCUCUUUCACCCUCAAUAAAAGGUUCUUUAAUUCCUCCUCACUUUCUGCCAUCAAGGUUGUGUCAUCUGCAUAUCUGAGGUUGUUGAUAUUUCUUCCGGCAAUCUUAAUUCCGGCUAGGGAUUCAUCCAGCCCAGCCUUUCACAUGAUGAAUUCUGCAUAUCAGUUAAAUAAGCAGGGAGACAAUAUACAGCCUUGUCGUACUCCUUUCCCAAUUUUGAACCAAUCCAUUGUUCCAUAUCCAGUUCUAACUGUAGCUUCUUCUCCCACAUAGAGAUUUCUCAGGAGACAGAUGAGGUGAUCAGGCACUCCCAUUUCUUUAAGAACUUGCCAUAGUUUGCUGUGGUCGACACAGUCAAAGGCUUUUGCAUAGUCAAUGAAGCAGAAGUAGAUGUCUUUCUGGAACUCUCUAGCUUUCUCCAUAAUCCAGCGCAUGUUUGCAAUUUGGUCUCUGAUUCCUCUGCCUCUUCUAAAUCCAGCUUGUAUUUCCGGGAGUUCUUGGUCCACAUACUGCUUGAGCCUACCUUGUAGAAUUUUAAGCAUAACCUUGCUAGCGUGUGAAAUGAGUGCAAUUGUGCGGUAGUUGGAGCAUUCUUUGGCACUGCCCUUCUUUGGGAUUGGGAUGUAGACUGAUCUUCUCCAAUCCUCUGGCCACUGCUGAGUUUUCCAAACUUGCUGGCAUAUUGAGUGUAGCACCUUAACAGCAUCAUCUUUUAAAAUUUUAAAUAGUUCAGCUGGAAUACCAUCACUUCCACUGGCCUUGUUAUUUGCUAUGCUUUCUAAGGCCCAUUUGACUUCACUCUCCAGGAUGUCUGGCUCAAGGUCAGCAACCCCACUACCUGGGGUGUACGAGCCAUCCAUAUCUUUCUGGUAUAAUUCCUCGGUGUAUUCUUGCCACCUCUUCUUGAUGUCUUCUGCUUCUGUUAGGUCCUUACCACUUUUGUCCUUUAUUAUGGUAAUCUUUGUACGAAAUGUUCAUUUUAUAUCUCCAAUUUUCUUGAACAGAUCUCUGGUUUUUCCCAUUCUGUUGUUUCCCUCUAUUUCUUUGCAUUGCUCGUUUAAGAAGGCCUUCUUGUCUCUCCUUGCUAUUUUUUGGAAAUUUGCAUUCAAUUUCCUGUAUCUUUCACUAUCUCCCUUGCAUUUUGCUUGCCUUCUCUCCCCCACUAUUUGUAAGGCCUCGUUGGACAGCCACUUUGCUUUCUUGUAUUUCCUUUUCAAUUGGAUGGUUUUCGUUGCUGCCUCCUGUAUAAUGUUGCGAGCCUCCAUCCAUAGAUCUUCAGGCACUCUGUCCAGCAAAUCUAAAUCCUUAAACCUGUUCCUCACUUCCACUGUGUAUUCAUAAGGGAUUUGAUUUAGAUUGUAUCGUACUGGCCCAGUGGUUUUUCUUACUUUCUUCAGUUUGAGCUUGAAUUUUGCUAUAAGAAGCUGAUGAUCGGAGCCACAGUCAGCCCCAGGUCUUGUUUUUGCUGACUGUAUAGAGCUUCUCCAUCUUUGGCUGCAGAGAAUAUAAUCAAUCUGAUUUCGAUGCUGCCCAUCUGGUGAUGUCCAUGUGUAGAGUCGUCUCUUGUGUUGUUGGAAAAGCGUGUUUGUGAUGACCAGCUUGUUCUCUUGACAGAACUCUAUUAGCCUUUGCCCUGCUUCGUUUUGAUCUCCAAGGCCAAACUUGCCAGUUGUUCCUUUUAUCUCUUGAUUCCCUACUAGCUUACACUUCUUUAAUUCAGUUCACAUUUGAAGGUGAAUCUACCUAAUUUGCACUUUCUGAAAUAAUACACGGACAAACACACUGCACAUUCUCCGAAACUCACACUUCUAAUCUUCCAAUGCACUUCUCAAGCCAACUGCAUUGGGCACAGUAUGCCUAUAAAUAGAUAUAUUUACAAAAAUUGCAUACAAAAGUACAUUAGAUUACAAAAAAUUGCAUACAAAGCUAUCAUUCAGGAGAAUUUCACACUAAAAAACUGCUGAAUUUACAUGAAGACUUUUUAAAAAAAGAAUUCCACAACCUCCAUACCUUCACCCCCAGGUGUAUUGUCCAGCUCUCAGGAUUGUCCUUAGUCAGUGGUCCCCAAUGUUUUUGGUAUGGUGACCCACAAAUCCAAAUUUGCAAGACAUGGUGACUACAGAUUUAUUGUCAAAUGAAUUUUGGACUUCCAGAAAUGCUGGUACUAAUAUCUUAAUAAACUUAAAAAUGUGUCUCCCACACUUCUCUCUUCCUGUGCCCCCUUCUUUGUUGAAUUUGUGAUGAACUUUUAAUGACACAGUUAAUAAUAAAAAUUGGAACUACAUAAUGAAAUUCAAAAUGUUUCACAUAGUAUAGGUUCCAUUUAUUUGUUAGAGUUAAAGCCAUUGGGGUGAGCAUAGGGAAAAUUGCAGAGAGUACAGUACAGUCAUUGCUGCUUCCCUCCCCGCAAACUUCAUGUUUAUCAUGGAAAGCCAGUUGUGCCCUGUUUGUCCUGACUGUGUCACUUAAUAUUGUUUUUACACGCAAACGUACACACUGGUACUGCUAUUGUCCAAUAACACCAAGGGAGCACUCCUUGUACCAGGAAAAUCUAUACAAGGUAGCCACACGACACUAUUGCGUACACACAGAGCACACACAUGCCCUCACAUAUACAGACCACAGGCAUACAUGCAAGUUUUGUGUCUCUCGCUCCACCUUAUACUGCACAGAUAUACAUUCAUUCAGAUAUGCCUCUCUCUCUCUGCUCAGGUGCUUGUCUUCCUCUCUCUCUCAUCAACCACAUGUGCAUGUGUCCAUCCCUCUGCCCUCACCAGCAGCGUAGUGUGGGUUGCCGCUCCCUCCCUUGGUGGACUGGGCAGUUGGGGCGGGCACCAGGGGUGGCAUGCAGAGCCCCCACAGAGGGUGGAUGGAGCCCGCUUCCAACAGCCUCUUCGACUGCUGCCUCCAUCCACCUGCCCACCAGACCAACCUGCCUGCCGAUGUGCCUCAGCUGCCAGGGCUCAGUGCCUGUCGUGGGGAUACCUGAUUGCACUUCCUCAAAAAUGUGUGCCAGGGCGAUGGGCCCCCUGGCUCCCCCUGGCUCCUACACCUCCCCCUGGCUCCUACACCUCAGCCCCUCACACACACACACACAGACACACACUGUUCUCCCUCUUUACUCAAAUACAUAUCUUCCCUUCUGAGCACACAUACAUAUAACCCCUUUUCGCACCUGCACGAAACAACACUUGCAGGCCGUGACCCACAGACUGGGAAACAAUGCCCUAGGCCAUGACAUCUCACUAGGCCAUGCUCUGCCCCACUGCCUCUGCUCUGUAUCCUCCUGCUUUUACCGGGUUGCAAUGUGUCCUGGAACUGUGACCUUGCUUGUCUGGAUGGAGGAUGAGAUGGCCAUUUUUAAAGAACUGAUUUCUUUCUCUGGCUAGAAUGCAGCUGACUAGAAGGGAUCCCCGCUUGGUGCUAUAACAAUUGAAUGCCAGCUCAAGGGGAAAUGCUUUAAGUGUUCCCCAAAAGUUGGAUGGACCUCUAGGAAAAGGUUUUCCACAGUUCAGAGGCAGCCCCUGCAACCUUGGGAGUGUUUGUAUUCUGGGGUUUGCAUUUUAGGAAUCCCCAGUAACCUCCUUUGCUUUCUGACAAAUCUUUGCCAGCGUUCUUAAAUGAUGACAUCACAAAUGAUAUUAACUGUGUCAAGAGGAUUGUCCGUGACCCCCAAGGGAUGAACGCCUGGUAAGUGCUAAUAUCUCAGUGCUUGGAACAUUCAAUACCAGCCAAGUUUUCAGUUCACAUAACUGUGAAGAGGAAGGUGGUUUCACUUGACUGUUGUAUAGCUGGCAGUUAAAGAUCCUUCCCCAAUAGGCACUGACAAGGGCUAAAGAUGCUUCCUUAAAUGUACAGCCAGUAGUGCCCUCACUGCUCUGGGACCCUGUUGCCCUUCUCCACUUCCUCUGAGUAACUGGCAGCAUCAGACAGUGCUGGGAAGCCAGGAAAAGACCGCAGCCCCACCCGCAUCACAAAGCCAGCCACCACUGUGUGCAGCAAACACUUGGUAGCUGUCUUGGUGGAGAUUUAAGGAAAUGAUUUGGCAACUGAGCCAAUGUGGAGUAGUGGUAAGAGAGGACCUGGGACACCAGAGAUCAAAUCCUGACUCAGCCAGAAAGUUCACAGGUUGACAUUGAGUCAGUCACUGUCUCACAACACAGCCUACAGUGUUUUUCUAAGGGGAAGAAGCAUGUAUGCCACCUUGAGCUCCUUGGAGAAAAGGUGGGGUAUAAAUGUAGUAAUAAAUAAAUUGGAAUGCAGGAAAGGAGGAGACAGUCUGAGUUCUGUCAUGGGCUGGAGCAAAGUCCUGGGGCAGAUGGUUCACUUCCCAAGUUUGCUUGGAGGUCUUUCACAGAAGGCUAUCAAUGCUUAGCAGCCACAAUGACUCUGUUCCACCUCCAUUGUUAGGCACAACGUGCCUCUAAAUGUGCUUUUCACUCACUGGAUCAUCGCCUUGUCGUGGUGUGUGGGCUUGCACGUUCCUAUGACCCUUGGGAGCGAGGCAAUCGGGAGUCUCGUACUCCCAGCAGGGUCCCCAAGGCAGUAGGGUCAAAGGGGAGGAGCUAGACGAAGAAUGAUCCAAGAAGUCCUCGGUGGCAGGACCGUGAAAUCUGGAAGCCCCUAGUCAUGAACCGGCACAUGGGAGGUGGAUACAGAUUCAGUUGCUCAGACUCAAGGAAUGAGGCAGUUGAGCAGCUCGACAGCUGUAUCCAUGACUGAGCAGUAAAGUUCCAUGGGAUGGGAUGGGAUGGGAUGGGAAGCAAAAUUUUGCUAGAAGGGCACCAUGGGCUGUUAAUAGGUAGACUUCCCGUUGACCGCUUAAACUGAUCAUCAGCAUGAACAGAAAGACUGACCCUGCAGCUGACACAAAUGCCUCACUUGGAAAUGUUGUGGAGCUUUUAAAGAAGAUCCACCUCACUUGUAGUUAGUUAUACAAGCAACAGUCAUGUGGCUUCCCUUGCUUCAUUUUUUGCUCUUAUUCUGACUUUUAGGGUUGCUUGGAGGAAUAAUUGCAAAGGAAAAGAUCUCUCUGGGUGGACAAAAGGUUGCAAUCUCUGAGUUCCAUGGUCCUGAAUGAAUUCCAGCAUUUCUCUUGAGAUCCCCUUUGAUGAAACAUCUACCUACUGCCAUAUAAUCAAACUCCAGCUGCUUCUUUCUGGGCUAGCAUUUGCAUGUUGUGCCCCACCCCAUGGCCCUCUUUCUAGAUGAGGGAAAGUGAUUAUUAUUUUUAAGUGUGUCUGGGGUGGUGAGUCAUCUUGCUUUGGAUUGAGAGCUUCUCUGCUUGAAAAUCUUCAAUAAACUGAACAUAAACAAAA